CCUAGCUGGUAGCAAAGCGAGAGGGCGGAGCUGCGCAUGCGCUCUCCGCACUGACACGUGGACAAGCCCAGGUCCCAGAAGAAACGGGCUCCACCCCUCCCCGGCGGCUGCGAGCCGGAGGGUGCCGGCGCCAGCAUGGCAGGGGGGCCGGGCUCGGGCCCGUCCGUGCUGUUCCUGCACCCGGACCUGGGCCUGGGCGGCGCCGAGCGGCUGGUGGUGGAUGCGGCGCUGGCGCUGCGGGCGCGCGGCUGCCGCGUGCAGAUCUGGACCGCGCACUACGACCCCGCGCGCUGCUUCUCGGAGACGCGCGGCCUGGCGGUGCGGAGCGUGGGGGAUUGGCUGCCCCGCAGCCUCCUCGGGCGGGGCCACGCGCUCUGCGCCGCGCUGCGCAUGGCCUACGUGGCGCUCUACGUGCUGCUGCUGAGCGGGGAGGAGAUGGACGUGUUCGUGUGCGACCAGGUGUCUGCUUGUAUCCCAAUUCUCAGACUGGCCAGAACUCCUAAGAAGGUUUUGUUUUACUGUCACUUUCCUGAUCAGCUUCUGACCAAGAGAGAAUCUUUUCUUAAACGCAUCUACAGAGCUCCACUUGACUGGUUGGAAGAGUAUACUACUGGCAUGGCAGAUUGCAUUGUUGUCAACAGCAACUUUACAGCAAAUGUCUUCAAGAAUACAUUUAAAUCUUUAAAUCACAUUAAACCAGAUGUCUUAUACCCUUCGUUGAAUGUCAGUACCUUUGAAACAAUUGUUCCUGCAGAUAUAGCUAGUGUAAUUCCCCAAGGAAAAAAAUAUUUGUUUCUUUCAAUCAAUAGAUUUGAAAGGAAAAAAAACCUAGCAUUAGCUCUGGAAGCAUUACAUGAUCUUCGUGGAAGGCUCGAUGCUCAAGAGUGGAAUGAAGUUCAUCUAGUUUUAGCUGGUGGUUAUGAUGAAAGAGUUUUGGAAAAUGUGGAACAUUAUGAAGAGCUGAAGACUAUUGCGAUCAAGCUUAAUAUUAGCGAGCAAGUCACUUUUGUGAGGUCUUUUUCAGAUGAACAAAAAAUCUCUCUUUUCAGUAACUCCUUGUGUGUGCUUUAUACGCCAAGCAAUGAACACUUUGGCAUAGUUCCUUUGGAGGCUAUGUAUAUGAGAUGCCCAGUUAUAGCAGUUAAUUCAGGUGGUCCUUUGGAAUCUGUUAUAAAUAGUGUUACAGGAUUUUUGUGUGAUCCUCUUCCAACACAAUUUUCUGAGGCCAUGGAAAAAUUUGUGAGAGACCCUGCCUUAAAGAAUACAAUGGGAGCAGCUGGAAGAGCAAGAGUUACAGAAAAAUUUUCAUCAGAAGCAUUUACAGAACAGCUGUACCAAUACAUAUGUAGAUUUACAACAUAACACACUCCAUAGUGUAAUUUACUGCUUUGUCAUGUUUCUGAUUUGUACAUGAGACAGUUAGUUAAACUAACAUCUAGGCUAGUGCAAGGAUGCUGAAAUGGUCAGAAAAUUUUAAUUAAUCUUUAAACUAUAUUUUUGAUAGUAUGUUUCAUGCCAGUUGCCAGAAAAUAACAAGAUUUUAGUUGAGGUUAGAUUUGUUUACCACUGACUACAUUGAAUUUUUGCUGUUUAUCAUGUACUCGAAAAUAUUUUAAUAAAUUUAUUAGACUUCCUAGUUUAAACUGGGGAAAGUUAAAAUUAUGCCAAGUCUGACUUCAGGUUGUAUAAGAUGAUUAACUUUCUUAUUUAACCUUUCUUCUCUACACUUGCUAUGAAUUAACUUUACAGUGCAAGUUGUUUUUUUU